GAAAGAAAGAAGUUGAAGAGAAGAAGAAAGAAACACCCUCAACUCAACUCAACUCAAGCGUAAACUUCAAUGGCGGAAAGGGAUCGCAAGCCCAAUGACUCGAUUUCAGAACUGAAUGCUUAGAGACUGGUGCUUUUUACCACUUUAAAUGACUGGGUUUCUGGUGUUGAUUUCUUUCUUCCCAAUAUGGCAAUGAAAGCAUCAGAAAAUGGGAAAGGCUUUGGGUCUUGCAGGUGUUUCAGACAAUCAGGCCCUAAAAGGGUGCUGUUAUUCUGAAUUAGUGGACCACCAUAUAUAGCACUACUAAUUUAGAUUGAUUUGAGAGAGAAAGGUUUGUUGGCUUGUUUUGAAAGGUAAGUUAUCCAAGGUUGGAUGCAGAAAGACAGUGGAAAAAAGACUAGUCUUUGGACUUCCUUGUGAGUUGUCAAAUGAAGGUGAAAAUUGCUGUGCAUUUUAACUAUGUGACAAGAAAACUGAAUCUCUUGCUUGUGAAGCAAAAUCUCUUGGCCAAUGCGUAGGUUUUAAAGUGUAGCCUUAGAAUGUUUGGGGGUCCCGGCCUGCUUUUUGGGAUUUGAAGCUUGCAAGCUCCUUUGGUAUCCUUCAUAUAUUCCAGCAAUCAUCCCUAGCUAGCCACUUGUUAUGAAUGAUUUAAACCCUGCACGUCUCUCACAACAUUAUCAUCAACACAAACAUCACUCCAAACAUUACCAUCAACAACAAACAUCAUCUGAUUACAUCCAUCAUUUGCACUUUUGAAGAAAGAAAAAUGAUAGGAAGAUUAUUCUGUUUUCUGCUAGCACUGCAAACAGUGAGUUUGGUUUCUGCAAUUAGGAAGCCAUUUCUUCCAGCCCAAGAAGAGGUUCUACAAUCUCCACCACCAUAUACUACAGAAUCAAAAAAGGGUUUCAUGGACAUAGACACCUCAGAGACAAUGCAGGAAGCAUAUGAUAGAGGAGUGAGCAAAAUAGGGUCAAGUCCACCUAGUUGUGAGCACAAGUGCUAUGGUUGUGUUCCAUGUGAAGCCAUUCAAGUUCCCAGCACCAGCACCAGGCGCAGCCAUUUGGGCAUCCAGUAUGCAAAUUAUGAGCCUGAGAGCUGGAAGUGCAAGUGUGGUCCCUCCUUCUAUAGCCCGUGAACACUGUUCAUAUCUGCUAAAUAUUGUUGAUAUAAUGUAAUGACAUGAUAUCACCUCUCAAGUUCAUACAUAAUAUUGUAGUUUGUGGAAACGUGCCCUCUUAUUAACAGAGUUUGGCAAAUCAACACUAUCUUUACAACCACUGUCAAGCAGAUAAAUCUCAGGUUAAUCUUGAAAU